CGACAACAAUUUAUACUCUCCGUUUUGCCUCUAUCUCCGGUUCCCCCAUCCUCGGCAAUAUUAUCGCAUCGCUAUCGCAUCGCAUCGCAGCAUGCUUCGCCCUCCCCAAGAAGUCUAUUUCGCACAGCUCGUUUCUACCACGCCGUCGCCUCAACAAGUCGUUUUCGUCGCUGCUGGCCCGAGAUACUAGUCUUUCUCGCGCUGGCCCAUCGUUGCAAGAUUCCUCUCUUGCUUCUCUUCAUACAUUCAGGUUGUCACCCACCUCUUGCUUUUCAUCGACCUGUGCAUCGCCAUGCCGCUCCUAUACUUCACUCAAUCUCUGCUCGUGCUGAGCCGAUUCGUCUCGGAUGUAGCAUUUCAAGCUCAUCAGGCUCUUCACAAUGUUGUGGUGCUGUACAGGCAGUACGAUGCGAAACUCGAGGAGGCGAGUCGAAAGGAGCAGGAGCAGCCCACCGCAGAGGCAGAGACUUCACAACCACCUGAGACGAUGCCACCCUUCAUGGUCGAAGACGACAGCAAGAUGCUCAGCGACUCCUCCAUUUUCGCCAGUUCCGACAUCAUGAGAAACAUUGCCGCCUUCGAGGCCCCCGUGGACAACGCUAAUGUCAUGAACACGGCUAUUUACAACAACAACGACGUUCUCACAGACGUCGCGGCUAUCAUUGCCCACAACGACAAGGGAAAAGAGAAUGCCAACCCUCGAACCGCGCUCGACGAAGAGACGGAGGAGGAUCUCUGGCUGAACCCCAAUGUCUACGAGAGACGCGAACCUGAGCAGAGAGCCUACGAGGCACUCAAGUCGAAGUUUGGCCGAUCCCGAGCCUCGCGUGUGUCACCUCUCCAAACCUCAGCUACAUCAACAACCGAUCCCCUCAAGCGGAUCGACAACAUUUUGACCACCUCAUCCAUUCGAGCCCUGGCUAUCAGCGAUGAAUCGAAGGCUGAGAUGCGAAACCUUCACCAACAAGUGGAAGAGGCUCGCCUUGCCGAGAAACGGAAGUCGCAGACGGCCGAGAAAUGUCGCGAAAUUCAAGCCAAGAUGUUCGUCAGGAAGGAGGCGAUGACUAGAGCAUCCAGAGGGCCCCGAGAGAUCAUCCCCAACCUUUCUGAGGAAUGGAUCCAGAAGGUCUCUGACACCAUCGGCGCUCCCGAGGGCACGGUCCUGGCCACGACAUGCCAAGGCAUCCCCCUCCGCCGACGCGAUUUCAUCACCGUUGUGGCAGCCAAGAGCUGGCUCAACGAUGAGAUUGUCAACGGCGCUCUCGCUGAGCUCGACAAGCAGAUCAACCUCGCCAAUGGCGUGUUCCUCUCCGAGACAUACAAGAAGCGCAAGUCUCUUGUCCUCAAUUCAUUUUUCUGGCCCAAAAUGAUGGAGACUCGCGGCCGAGAUUCUCAGAGAUGGUUGAGACGAGCCGGCGUGUUUCCCUCCUCAUUUCUCGAUUUGGAAAUCGUCCUCAUCCCCAUUUGCGAAUCCUACCACUGGACCCUCCUGGCACUCAAGCCCCGACAGAGAACCGUGGUUCACAUGGAUUCCUUCAACAGAUCCUCCACUCAUCCCCAGCUGGCCAUCGAAUGGAUGCGUGAUCUCCUUGGCAAGGACUACACCGAGCCGUGGACGGUCGAGCACAUCAUGUCCCCCCCUCAAACCAACAGCUACGACUGUGGUGUUCACACAAUCACAAACGCAAUGUGUCUUGCUCUGGGCCUCGACCCCAUGACGCACUAUAGCUCGACACAGCUCUCCCUUCAACGGCUGCGAAUCGCCGGAAUGUUUCUGAAUGGAGGUUUCGAGGGAGAUUUCACCCUCUGGAGGGAAUGAGCCUACAUCUUGUUCCUGGUUUCCCUCUUUGCAUCGUUAUCACAUUGUUUUCUUUGUUUCUUGUUCUUGUUUCUGCGAUUUGGCGGUGGAAGUUUGCUUUCUAGCAAGGAGUUGGAUGGAAUUGGUUAUACAGGCCCGAACAGGGCUGCUGCUGGUAUGGUUAUCAUUGGAAUGGGUUUUGUUUUGUGUUGCAAUGGAUUUUGUUUUCUUGGGGCAGGACAAUGAUCACUGCGGGCAUAUCUUAGGUCAGGCAUAAAUUGCCUUUGUUUUUGGUUUUUUGGUUUCUGGUUUUGGACAGCACGGGUUUCACUGCUGGUAUAUACAUAGGCAUGGCAAAGGAUAUACAUUUCAGGCAUGGGCAUCAUGAGGCCUUGGGGUAGAUAGAAACAAGUUUACAAUUACACAAUGGUCUCAU